AUGGCGCACAGGCUGUUGCAGGAGAGCAACAAUGAGGAGGCCACCAUGCCAAUAGUUUGUGAGACGUGCCUCGGGCCCAACCCCUAUGUGCGGAUGCAGAAGAUCCCGAAUGGGGGCGCGUGCCACAUCUCUGGCCGCCCUUACACUGUCUUCCGUUGGCGCCCGGGCAAUGACGCGCGCUACAAGAAGACCAUCAUCUGCCAGGAGGUGGCCAAGGCGAAGAACGUGUGCCAGGUGUGCCUGUUUGACCUGGAUUACGGCCUGCCGGUCCAGGUGCGCGACACGGCGCUGGGCAUUGAAAAGGACGAGAUCCCCGAGAGCGCGGUCGGCAAGGAGUUCCAGCUCAACGAGCAGGUCAAGGCUGGCGAGACCGACUCGGCGUUCGGCGGCGGCGGGCGUCCCAGCGAGAUGCUGGAGCGCCUCGCGCGCACCACGCCCUACUACAAGCGCAACCAGGCGCGCGUGUGCUCGUUCUUCGUGCGCGGCCAGUGCACGCGCGGGGCGGAGUGCCCUUACCGACACGAGAUGCCCACCAGCGGGCCGCUGAGCGAGCAGAACAUCAAGGACAGGUACUACGGCAUCAACGACCCCGUGGCCGCCAAGCUGCUCAGCCGUUACGAGGAGAAGGGCAAGCUGGAGGCGCCCGCAGACACAGAGGACCACCAGGCCGCCCCGGAGCACACGUGA